UCAGGACACCAUAUUACUAGGCGGGAACUACAAAGUAAAAUGGCGGGAAACACUUCGGUACAUGUGCUUGUAAAAUAAAAUCCCUUCCGUCAUUCUCCUCCUCCUCCUCCUCUCUCUCUAACUAGGGUUUUCAUGCGAGAUGUACUCCAGUCAGUUCGACGCCAACUCCGCCUUCAACGGCGGUGGAUUCACGUCUUCCCAGUCCACUCAGCCCACCGACCACGGCUCUUCUCCUGCCAAAGGUCGUGAUACUUAUGGACUAGUUCCUGUGACGGUGAAGCAGAUCAGCGAAGCCUCUGAUUCCGGUGAUGAUAAAUCCAAUUUCGUAAUAAACGGCGUCGAUGUUGCUAAUGUUACGCUGAUUGGUAUGGUGUCUAAAAAGGCUGAAAGGGUUACUGAUGUUUCUUUCACUAUUGAUGAUGGAACAGGACAAAUCCAUUGUUACAGAUGGAUCAAUGAAGCUUUUGAUACCAAGGAAAUGGAAGACAUACAAGAUGGAAUAUAUGUUCGUGUCAAUGGGCGCCUAAAAAUCUUUAAAGGCAGUAAGCAGUUAGUUGCUUUUUCGGUUAGGCCCGUGACAAACUUCGAUGAGCUUACCUUCCACUUCGUCGAGUGUAUACAUUUCCAAGUGCAAAAUUCCAGAACAAAGCUGCAAGGAGAUGCCACAACUCAGUCUUAUUCUGUGACUCCAUCUACAAUCACAGCUUUGAGGGAUGGAUCAAAUGGAUAUCAGUCAACACCAUCAAAUCAUUUCUCUGGGCAAUUUAAUGUGGAGGGACUGAAGGGAUUUGAUCAAAUGGUGCUUGAUUAUCUGCAGCAACCUUCAAACUUUGGACGGGAAAAAGGAGUACAUAGGGAUGAACUGUCCCAGAAGCUAAAACUUCCUAUGGAGAAGAUCAUUGAAUCUAUCAGAACACUCGAAGAGGAAGGGAUGAUAUACUCCACUAUUGAUGAAUUUCACUUCAAAUCAACCACUAGUGUUUGAUUAUGUUCAAGAAUUUUAACCUAGGGAAGUGCUGGCUUUGAGGGUUGAGUACAAAGCAUGUGCUCUAUUUACAACCUUUUGGUAAUAGAUUGAGCAUCUUUUAUUGCUGAUCUAAUGGAUGUAUAGAGGAUAUUUGUUUGGUGUGCUUCAGUUGUAGGUAGACCAUCAAAUUACCAGUGCCUGAACUGUUUUUCUGCCUUGCCUUUCUGAAGCUGCAUGUGGUACUUCAUAUUUGUGUUUGUGUUGAAAAUUAUCAGUGCCAGCUUUGUGGUAAA